AUGAUGCUUAUUUAUACACUUAAAUCUUAAACGUGUGUUUUGAUAAAAUUGUGCCGCUGAGACAAACAGAAGCUGUACAUGUGACCGUCACAUGAUAAAACGUGUCGUCAUCAGUCAGCUGUUUGACCAGGAAGAGCAGCAGAGUAGCUUUGGAUUUUCAAGAUAAAUACAGUAGCUGUCAUAUUACGAAAUGGAUAUCCGUGGUGCUGUGGAUGCUGCAGUCCCUACAAACAUCAUUGCUGCAAAAGCUGCAGAGGUUCGGGCAAAUUUGGUCAACUGGCAGUCCUAUCUACAGAGUCAGAUGAUUUCAGUUGAGGACUGUGACUUCAUCAAGAAGUUUGAAGUGGCCAAUUCAGAGGAGAAACAGAUCAUUCUAACCAAGGAAGGACAUCAGUGUGCAAAGACCUUUUUGAAUCUGAUGGCUCACAUCUCCAAGGAGCAAACAGUCCAGUACAUCUUGACACUGAUUGAUGACACUCUACAGGAGAAUCAUCAGAGGGUGAACAUCUUCUUCGAUUAUGCCAAAAAGACAAAAAAUACUGCCUGGUCCUACUUCCUUCCGAUGCUGAAUCGUCAAGACCUCUUUACUGUCCACAUGGCAGCAAGAAUCAUCGCCAAGCUGGCUGCCUGGGGCCGUGAUCUGAUGGAGGGAAGUGAUCUGAACUAUUACUUCAACUGGAUCAAAAGCCAACUCAGUUCCCAGAACCUACACUGUACAGGUCCAGAAACAGGCUCAGGAGCAGGAACUAUUUCUCCCAGUGAAAGCUCUCAGUAUGUCCAGUGUGUGGCUGGCUGUCUGCAGCUAAUGUUAAGGGUCAAUGAGUAUAGGUUUGCCUGGGUUGAAGCUGAUGGUGUCAACUGCAUUACAGCGGUACUAAGCAACAAGUGUGGGUUCCAACUCCAGUACCAGAUGAUCUUCUGUGUUUGGCUUCUAGCCUUCAGUCCUCAACUUUGUGAGCAGUUGCGACGCUACAAUGUGGUACCAGCUUUAUCUGACAUCCUGCAGGAGUCUGUCAAGGAGAAAGUCACCCGAAUCAUUCUGGCUGCCUUCCGGAAUCUUCUGGAGAAAUCUUCAGAGAGAGAGACACGUCAAGAGUAUGCCUUGGCCAUGAUUCAGUGCAAAGUGCUGAAGCAGCUGGAGAACCUUGAGCAGCAGAAGUACGAUGACGAAGACAUCACCGAGGAUAUUAAGUUCCUGCUGGAGAGGCUGGGAGAGAGUGUGCAGGAUCUCAGUUCAUUUGAUGAGUACAGCUCUGAACUCAAAUCAGGACGCCUGGAAUGGAGCCCUGUGCACAAGUCGGAGAAGUUUUGGCGUGAGAAUGCUGUCCGUUUAAACGAGAAGAACUAUGAGCUCCUCAAGAUCUUAACCAAGCUGUUGGAGGUGUCUGAUGAUCCCCAGGUCAUAGCAGUGGCAGCUCAUGAUAUUGGAGAGUAUGUGCGCCACUACCCACGUGGCAAAAGGGUGAUUGAGCAACUCGGUGGGAAGCAGCUGGUGAUGAAUCACAUGCAUCACGAGGACCAGCUCGUCCGUUACAAUGCCCUGUUGGCUGUGCAGAAACUGAUGGUCCACAACUGGGAGUACCUGGGACGGCAACUCCAGUCCACUGAUCAGCAGCAAGCUCCAGCCUAGGCUGCAAAAAGCAAGUCUUGUUGUGCACGUGUGUUUGUGUAUCAGUGUUUGGACGAAUACGUACUGUAUGUACUUUGCUAUUUUAAUUGUCAGACACUCAUUUGGACC